UAAUUGUUUUGCUAUGUGAAACCAGAGAGCUAGGUUGUGAACAGAAUGGGGAUCAAAGUUCUUCUUGCAGCAAUUCUGAUAUGGGAAAUAACCCGUGGUUUAGGCCUCAACGUAUACGCUGAUAAUAUGGUUAGGAUUGAGCUAAAAAGGCAAUCUAUGGACCUUAAUAACAUAAGGGGUGCAAGAAUCUAUGUUAAAGGUUUGAAGGGUUCCAAUAGAAACUCGGCUUCUUCCGAUGAGCAGAUAGUUUACAUAAAAAAUUAUCGAGAUGUUCAGUACUUCGCGGAGAUUGGUAUUGGUUCACCACCUCAACACUUCACUGUUGUGUUUGAUACUGGAAGUUCCAAUCUUUGGGUUCCAUCCUCGAAAUGCUUCUUCUCGAUUGCAUGUUAUCUUCGUUCCACGUACAAAUCAAGACUAUCAAAUACCUAUACGAAAAAUGGGAAUUCUUGCAAAAUCCCUUUUGGCACUGGAUCAGUGCAUGGAUUCUUCAGCCAAGACGAUACGAAAAUUGGAAAUGCUGUCAUAAAGCAGCAGGUCUUCACUGAGGUAACUAAGGAGGGAUAUUUCACAUUCUUGAGAGCACGAUUUGAUGGAGUACUAGGACUUGGAUUCCAAGGCGCGGAUUCAAGGAAUGUCACACCAGUAUGGAAUAACAUGGUGCUUCAGAAAAUAGUUUCAAAGUCAAUCUUCUCAUUCUGGCUAAAUCGAGAUCCCACGUCUAGGAUGGCUGGUGAAAUUCUCUUUGGAGGCAUGGAUUGGACUCAUUUCAGGGGUCUACAUACAUAUAUCCCGGUUUCUAAAAAUGGUUAUUGGGAGAUUGAGAUAGGGGAUCUUUUUAUAGGAAACAAUUCAACAGGCCUUUGUAAGGAUGGCUGUCCAGCUAUUGUGGAUACUGGAACAGCUUUUAUUUCUGGUCCAACUACCAUUUUAACUCAAAUAAAUCAUGCUAUUGGAGCAGAAGGAGUUGUUAGUUCGCAUUGCAAAACUGUUGUCUCGGAUUAUGGAAAAACGAUUUGGGAACGAUUGCUUUCAGGGUUACAUCCUGAUAAAGUUUGCCAUGGUAUCUGUUCAAAUAAUCAGACAUUAGGUGUAAGUCAUGAACCCCGAAUGAGAAUUCGAAGUUCAAAGUCCCAGAGGCUAGAAAAGGAUAUGUUAUGCAAUGUUUGUGAGAUGGUAGCAUUCUGGAUACAAGUAGAGAUUAGAAAAGAGCGAUCAAAAGAUUUGGCAUUUCAAUAUGCUAAUCAGUUAUGUGAGAAGCUACCAAAUCCUGGAGGGAAAUCAUAUAUCAAUUGUGAUGUCUUUUCCCUACCACAUAUAACCUUUACCAUUGGGAACAAGUCUUUCCCCCUUUCUCCGGAUCAGUAUGUUAUCAGAGUUGAUGAUCACCAAGGUGUUCAUUGUCUCAGUGGAUUUACAGCUUUAAAUGUGCAUCCGCAACGUCCCCUCUGGGUUCUUGGAGAUGCAUUCUUGAGAGCAUAUCACACAGUUUUCGAUUUUGAUAAUUUACAAAUUGGAUUUGCAGAAAGUGCUUAGAUUGGUUUCAAGAGUUUGUGAGAAAAUAACUCAAAAUUUGUUUGGUUUUGCAACUUGUUUUUUUCUUUUGAGGGCAGAUGAAAGUCUAGUGUUGUGAAUAAAACUGCUACUCUAUUUCUACCCUUUGCCCUUUCCUAAAAACCGCACGUAGCGAAUGUUUAGUGCAGCGGGCUGUCAUUAUUCUCGAGUCAUUUGUCAAUUUGUCAUUUCUAAUUCAAUGUCACCUUCAUGUUGAUGAACACUGGACAAUGAAAAAUUGUUUUGGUAAUAUGUAAUUCAGAUAUCAC